UAGAGAUUCGGGUCGUCUCUUGGCCUAGGACUCCACUGGGUUUUAUCCAAAAAACUGUGACUUCCUGCUGAGACACUGCUCAGUGAACUCAAACCUCUCCCAUGGCGUCCUCCGUGUCUGCCUCCCACCACGUCCUCUCCUCUCUCGCCUCGCAGAGUACCAACAGCCGCGACAAUGUGAGGAGUCAGCUCUCUUCCUCCCUUUGGGGCUCGCCGAUAAGCAUAAGCAGCAUGUUCUCCUCCAACCCCACCAGCUCCGUCCAAUUCCACACGCGGAGGCGCCUCAGCGUCACCGCCAUGGCUCCACCUAAAGCCAAGCCCGGAGGAAAAGCCAAAAAGGUGAUUGGAAUGAUAAAGCUGGCGUUGGAGGCCGGGAAGGCGACUCCGGCUCCGCCGGUCGGCCCGGCGCUGGGUUCGAAGGGUGUAAAUAUCAUGGCUUUUUGUAAGGAUUACAAUGCCAGGACGGCGGACAAGCCCGGCUAUGUCAUUCCAGUUGAAAUCACCGUCUACGAUGAUAAGAGUUUUACUUUCAUUCUGAAGACCCCACCUGCUUCGGUUUUACUUCUUAAGGCUGCAGGAGCGGAGAAAGGUUCAAAAGACCCGAAGAUGGAGAAAGUGGGAAAGGUCACCAUCGAUCAGUUGCGUACAAUUGCGCAAGAAAAGCUGCCGGACUUGAACUGCACGACAAUAGAAUCAGCAAUGCGAAUCAUAGCAGGGACUGCAGCUAAUAUGGGGAUCGAUGUCGACCCUCCUGUUCUAGAACCCAAAAAGAAGGAAGCUCUGCUGUAGUUCUGCUCUCAGCAUUUUGUUUCCUCGAUUAGGCUUUUGUUUCUUGAAUCAUACUUCGUACGUUUCCAGAAGGCGGAUGGAAAUCAGUAUGUACAAACUACUACCUCCGAUUUUUGUUGUUGGUUGUAAAAUUCUUCAUCCAUGUAUUCCAUAGAGCUCUGUUUUCUCUUC